GAUGCACAUCCACUCGGAACACCGCCAUCCAACUACCCGGGCUUAAAGCGCACAUCGCCGGGACUGAAGGUGGGCCGCAGCAGAGAGGAAGCACGGGAGGAGGAGACGGGUAAACAGCUGCACUGGAUGCUGGGGGGAUGAUGAUGAUGCUGCCAUCCAGGACCUGAUGUUCUCCAACACUCCCUGCUGAAACACAAGGACUGUCGGGCUGCUGGUGGAGGGGAUUAUCCAGGAGGCUGGAGGAAGCAAGCAGGGAGGGGGGAGGCAGCGACCCACAUCAUCCGGAGAGGAGCGUAUUGUCAGGCCGACAUCUAACACGGAACAGUAAAAAACUGAAGGAAAAGCCUAGAACUAACACCUGGAUGUAGGUUUUUGCAGAUGCCUUUAUUUUGAAAGGAUCUCGAUCUCCAGGGUAGAAAAGUCCAGAAACGCGUUCAGAUCCAACACAAUCAGCCACUAUUGUUAUGCAACUGAAAUAAUUUCCAUUUGUAUUGAAAGUGUCCUGCUAUUUCUCUUCUAAAGCUGUGUGCCUGUGGUGCUCUCGAGGGCAGCUGGGAUUACUGUCACCGGGGUCGUUCAUUUCGGUGUGUGUGUGUGGGGGGGGUAGGACCGUAGUGGCCGCUCUAUAGUCGAGGUUUGGACUCCACGGAGAGAGAAGAUGUCGGGGCAGACUCUAACGGACCGCAUCGCCGCGGCGCAGGCCAGCCUUACCGGAUCCGAGGUGGCCCGGGCCGUGUGUAAAGCCACCACACAUGAACAGACCGCUCCAAAGAAGAAGCACCUGGAAUACCUGAUCCAGGCCACCCAGGACACCAAUGUGAACGUCCCGGCGAUGGCUGACACUCUGCUGGAGAGGGUUGGCAACGCCAGCUGGGUGGUGGUUUUCAAAGCCCUGAUCACCACACACCACCUCAUGGUGCAUGGCAAUGAGAAAUUCAUGCAGUUCCUGGCAUCUAGAAACACCUUGUUCAACCUCAGCAACUUCCUGGACAAAACUGGCUCCCAUGGCUACGACAUGUCCACGUUCAUCAGACGCUACAGCCGCUAUCUGAACACGAAGGCCUUCGCCUACAGACAGAUGUCUUUUGACUUUGUCCGAGUCAAGAAAGGAGCUGAGGGAGUGAUGAGGACCAUGACGGUGGAGAAGCUGUUGAAAGGAAUGCCCACCCUCCAGAGCCAGAUUGACGCACUGCUGGAUUUUGAAGUGCAUGCACCAGAACUGAACAACGGGGUGAUAAACGCCUGCUUUCUCCUGCUCUUCAAAGAUCUGAUCAAGUUAUAUGCCUGCUACAAUGACGGCAUCAUCAACCUGCUAGAAAAAUUCUUCCAGAUGAAGAGAAGCCAGUGUAAAGACGGGCUGGAGAUCUACAAAAGAUUCCUGGCACGAAUGAUCCGGGUUUCAGAAUUCUUCAAAAUUGCUGAGCAAGUGGGAAUAGACAAAAAUGACAUACCUGAACUCACUCAGGCCCCAGAGAGUCUUCUGGAGUCCCUGGAGACCCACCUCGACACACUGGAGGGAAAGAAGCCAUCGCCCACCAAGCAGGAGGCUACAGCCAACAACAGCACGCCCCCUGUUGCUGCUGCUGCUGCUGUUGCACCAGCCAGGCGCAAUGCUCCAACACCUGGAGGGGGCCCUCCUGCUCGCCCCGGGCCUCCUGCCAAACCUCCUCCACCCACUAUCACCCCCAGCCCUCCAGCCCCAACCACCAUCACUACCAGCAAUGCUCUUGAUGGCUUCUUGUUGGACCUCGAUCCAAUGGCCUCUUCCUCAGCAAAGGGAGCUGCAGCCACUUCCUCCAUGACUGGAUGGGGAGAUCUCUUGGCUGAGGCAACUCCGGCUCCCGCUGAUGAAGCCUCUGAAGCUCUCCUAGAGGAGGAAGAGUCAGCUGAUGUGGCUGUUGUUGCAGCUGCUGCUCCCGCAAGACCCGCUCCUGCUGCAGCCCCUGCUGCUGCUGUAGCUACUAUUGCCGCUGCAGCUGCAGCCGCACCGGCCCCUGCCUCACUGCCAGUUUCAGCUCCCACAUCAGCCGUAGAGAUGGACCUUUUCGGAGAUGCGUUUGCACCUUCCCCAGGAGACGGUCCUGCUGCCGUGGCCGCGGGCCCCGCUGCUGAUGCUUUUGGUGGAUCUGACCCCUUCGCUACGACGGAGGGUAGCGUGGACAUUGCUCCUGAGAUGGACCUGUUCGCCAUGAGGCCCACUGACACGGGGGCAAUCAUCACUCCCACCUCUAGUGAGGCGCCAACUAUCGUCGUCCCCAUCGCUGCCCCUGCUGCCCCCACCCUUUCUUCCACUACCACCACAACCACCACCGACACCACCACCACAGAGUCUGCAGCCGCUCCGACUCUAGAUAUCUUUGGUGAUAUGUUUGAUUCAAUGCCUGAGCAAAGCCCUACAGCAGAAUCCAAAGCUGCUACCACUCCUAGCGUAGACCUUUUUGGUGCAGACCUUCCUGCUGUUUCACGCGGGCCGUCUCCUUUGCCCGAGCCGGUUCUUGCUGGAGACAUUGUGACUGACUCAUUUUCAUCUCCAGCUUCUUCUGAGGCUGCUGCUCCUGCUCCUGCUCCUGCUUCUGCUCCUGCUCCUGCUCCGGCUCCGGCUCCGGCACCUGCUCCUGCUCCUGCAGCAGCUUGUAGCCCAGAGGCCUCCUCUCCACCCAAAGCAGAGGCAGCACCUGUCAUUGACCUUCUGGAUUCCUUUGCCAGUCCUGUGGAGGAGACGCAGAGCUCUGCUCCUGGAGGGCCUGGAGAUGAUUUGCUGGGAGGCUUGAUGUCCCCAACCCUGGCUCCCACUGCUGCCCCAGCUCUAGCUCCCGCUUUGGCUCCAGCUCCUGCUCGGGCUCCGAUGCAGAACAACCUCCUUGAGUCGGGCUUUGAUGCUCUGGGCUCCCUAACUUCUCCGACACCGCCUGCACCUUCUGUAGUACCGUUAAUACCAGCAACCACCACACCAGCGCCCUCUGGUGGCUUUGAUGCAUCAAUGUUUGGUGGAUUAGGCGACUUGCUGAUGCCCGCCAUUACGCCCCAGAGCACCGGUGGCAGCACUGCUGGAAGCACAGCAGGAAGCAUGGGAACUCCAAUUGCAGCGGGAGGCAUUGCAGCAAUUCCCCCCGCCACCCCACCUCCUUCCAAAACCGUUGGAGGAGACUUGGACUCGUCAUUGGCCAACCUGAUUGGAGACCUUGGAGUAAAGAAGAAGGACCCACAGAGUGAGAAGAAGCUGACAGGAGGAGCGAACUGGAUGCCACAUGUAGCUCCCACAAGCUGGGGUACACCAGGAGCCCCCAUGGGAGGUACCGCCCCCGGAGCUCCUGGGGCUCCAGGAGCCACCAUGGUGCCACCAAUGAGCGCACAGUCUGGCUUUGGCAUGGCUCCUGCAGGGGGGCCUGGAGCUCCCAUGAUGCAGCCAAUGAUGGGGCAGCCUAUGAUGGGACAGCCCAUGAUGAGACCUCCUUUCGCUGGGGGGGCUGGAGCUGCACCAGGAGCACCGAUUCCUCCUGCAAUCCAGAGCCCCAAAAAGCCCAAGGACCCUUUCGCAGAACUCGACCUCAAAGACUUCUUAUAACGCCCCAGCUGCUUUCUUCUCUGGAGCAGGGCCCUCUCAACUUUUUCCUGGUGUCUGUCAACAUCUCAGGAUGUUCAGCUACUCAACCUUAUAAGAGCCUCUUUUCUCCACCCCAACCAUCUACACCCCACCCUUUUCCUGUGUGAUGUCGUAGCACAAACUGUGAAAGUGAACCAUAGCCGAUUAUAUAUAUAUAUAUAUAUAUAUAUAUAU